GGAAGGAAACAGGAGGAGAGCGCGAAGGAAGGAAGAAGGAAGGAGAGCGCAAAGGAAGGAAAGAGGAGGAGGAGAGCGCGAGGAGAGCGCCGGCCGUCCCGCGGGAGCCACGGGCGGCGCACCAUGAUGCCGGAACUUCGCUCGUGUCGCUACGAGACCCGCUACUCGGGCAGCCUCUCGCCCGACGCCCGCCCGCACUCCGUCUCGCCCAGCUACCCCGCCCACACGCACGCCCACUCCCACGCCCACCACUACUCGCCCUCGCACGACCAUGCCCGCCCGUCGUCCGCCGACCUGGCCGCCCCCUUCCUGACGCAGCAGCACGCCCACCACGCCCACCACUCGGACAAGUACGACAUCAAGUGCGAGGACGACUUCCUGGACGACGAGGACGACCCGCACGUGCCGCACGUCCUGGCGCCGGCCUCGCAUGCCCCCGGACACGCCCACGCCCGCACGUGCUUGCUGUGGGCGUGCAAGGCGUGCAAGCGGAAGAGCGUGGCGGUCGACCGGCGGAAAGCGGCCACCAUGAGGGAGCGACGGAGGCUAAGAAAGGUAAAUAAGUUAGAUAAAUAGAUAGAUAAAAAAUGAGAAAGGAAUAACUAAAAGAACUG